GAUUCGCAAGUAGUCUCGGGUCUCAAAAAUAGAUUCGGAUGUAACAAUGCUAUCUCUGCCAAAAAGCCCGACCCAAUUGUACCCGGCUCAUCAUCAUCAUCAUCACCACCAUCACUUUCCUAUUCAGUCAGUCAGCAUAGUCGCCUCAUCAUUUGUUAUGCUCAACUUGCUUCAAGAAGCAUGGGCACUCGUCCACUCCUCGUCCCCAGCACUUGACCCGUGACCAUGUUGAGGCAGGAGGGGACUCACGCAUCUUUUUCUGGUGGUGGUGGACGUAGUGGUGACAGUGGUGCUAUUAUUUUCAAAGUGUCAAUUACCAUCCAGCAGGAUAGGAUAGGCUGGAAGAGGAGGACGGAAUCUGCGGAAAAAUCGGCGCCGUUUCAAUGUUUCUUCAAGCCGGUGACAUUAGUGUAUCACGACUAUUUAUGAGUGGUGACGACGACGACGAUAUGUUGUGCGUGUUGGUGGUGAGGUGAAGUGACAUAAUUGGAAAUGUGAAAUCUCAUUUUUUUGGUUGGAUGAUAUAUAAUUUUGAAGUAAAAGUUUUCGUUUCGUGACAAAUUUUUAAAUCAGUUCAAGUUUUGGUAGAGUUUUUUUUUGAACCAAAAUGAAUGACUCAGGAAACGCACAUGCUCCAGAACCGUCGACCCCGGUGGACGCCCCCACCGCGGUCACGAUCGAGGAGCCCAAACCAAAACCGGAGAAAACGAGGGAAAAGCCACGAGCUGCCGCCCAACCAGACAGACCGGCUCGUAGCUUGUUCUUUUUUACCUUAAAAAAUCCCAUUCGAAGAUUGUGUUAUGCAAUCGUAGAGAAAAAAGCGUUUGAAUACAUGAUUCUCGUCACAAUUCUCGCGACAUGUUUUUGUCUCGCAAUGGGCACUCCUUAUCCUUAUAAUGAUUCCGAUGCUACAAAUACUAUUUUAGAAGAAAUAGAGUUAGUCUUUACAAUCAUUUUUACUACUGAAUGCGCCAUGAAAAUUAUCGCAUUCGGAUUUGUAGCCCAUGAAGGGGCAUAUCUUAGAAAUUCCUGGAAUUUGCUCGAUUUUACGAUUGUAGUUAUUGGUCUCCUUAGUUCACUUCUCUCUUCGAUAAUGACAGGCUUUGAUGUCAAAGCUUUGAGAGCAUUCCGGGUACUUCGUCCCCUCAGACUUGUCUCAGGGGUCCCAGCGUUGCAGGUUGUGAUGAACUCUAUUUUAAUGGCCAUGAUUCCUCUUUCCCACAUCGCCCUAUUAGUCUUAUUCGUGAUUAUAAUUUACGCCAUCGUCGGUUUGGAAAUGUUUAGUGGAGAACUUCACCGAUCUUGUUUUAACAAUGUUACGGGAGAGAUAAUGAGCGAUCCUGUAACGUGUGGAGGUGGAUUUACUUGUGACCUCGGUGAUGACGACGACACUGUUUAUGUUUGUCGUCUGUAUUGGGAGGGGCCAAAUCAGGGGAUUACAAAUUUCGACAAUAUCGGUCUCGCAAUGUUGACCGUGUUCCAAUGCAUUUCCCUGGAAGGGUGGACUGAUGUGCUUUACUCGUUGAAAGAUGCAAUGAAUGGAUCCUGGUUUUGGAUCUACUUUACUUCUUUGGUGGUCUUUGGAGCCUUCUUUGUGAUGAACCUUAUCCUCGGUGUGUUAUCUGGAGAAUUUUCUAAACAAAAGGGUAAAGCAGAAUCUCGCGGAGAUUUUCAAGCUAUUCGAGAGCAGCAAAGGAUAGAAGAAGACCUCCGAGGUUAUCUAGAGUGGAUUACAAAAGCUGACGAUUUGGAGCCUCAUGAGGAGGUCACAGAAGUAGAAAAUGGGGAAGAAGAAGCCCAUGAACCAACUUGCUUUGAAACAUUUAAACAAAACUUUGGAAGGUGGAACAGAAAAGCGAGACGGAUGUGUCGAAAAAUGGCAAAAAGCCAAGCAUUCUACUGGCUCAUUAUCAUCCUCGUCUUUCUGAACACGAUGGUCCUUGCCACGGAACAUUACCGGCAGCCAGAUUGGUUAGAUCACUUUCAAGAAACAACAAACAUCAUUUUUAUUAUACUCUUCUCGUUGGAAAUGAUUUUGAAAAUGUACAGCUUGGGAUUUUCUCGGUACUUUGUCUCCUUAUUCAACCGUUUCGACUGCUUCGCCACAAUUAGUAGUAUCGUGGAGAUAAUAUUGGUCAAGACGGACAUCAUUCCACCCAUCGGGGUGUCGGUGCUGCGGUGUGUUCGUCUCCUUCGGGUGUUCAAGGUGACAAGGUACUGGAAAUCGCUCUCCAAUUUGGUGGCCUCUCUGCUGAAUUCGAUCCAGUCAAUUGCAUCGCUACUUUUUCUACUCUUUCUCUUCAUCAUGAUUUUUGCUCUUUUGGGGAUGCAAAUCAUGGGAGGAAAAUUUAAUUACGACAAAUUCAACAAUAAACCGAGGAACAAUUUUGAUAGUUUCUCCCAAAGUUUGCUGACCGUGUUCCAAAUCCUGACGGGUGAAGAUUGGAACGUUGUGAUGUACCAAGGCAUCGAGGCGCACGGGGGUGUGGCGUCGCUCGGGAUUGUUGCGUCCUUGUAUUUUAUCGUGCUCUUCAUUUUUGGCAACUAUAUUUUGCUCAAUGUAUUCUUGGCCAUUGCUGUGGAUAAUUUAGGAGACGCUGAAGAUGUUGACAAGGAUGAAGCUGAUGCGGGCGCGGCGGAAGAAGCUGUUGCGGAGGAGGGGGUCGAGGAGGAAGAUGAAGAUGCAGAAUUACAUGAAGAGCAGAUGAGUCAAAAUUCUGGAGAAGAGGAAGAACAAAGCAUACGAGAAUCUGAAGGAGUAGAAGAAGAGGAAGAAGCUCCAGUUUCAGAGUCUGACGCAGAUGCAACUGCUGGUUCAUUUGAUAAUGAUCAGAGUACAGAACCAGGGAUAAAGAAGGAACCACAACCGAAAAAGCCACCGCCGCCUCCAGACUUGCUGGACGACUCGAACAAAACAGAGCCCAUUCCUGAAGCGUCGUCGUUUUUCAUUUUUUCACAUGAUAAUAGCAUUCGAGUAUUUUUUCACAAGAUUAUCUCAAAUAGCAUAUUUGGUAACAUCAUUUUGGUCUGCAUUCUAAUAUCUUCGUCGCUUUUGGGAGCUGAGGACCCGUUAUAUGAAGAUUCUCCUCGAAAUCAACUAUUGAACAAAUUCGACUACUUUUUUACCUCUGUGUUCACAAUUGAGCUAACUCUAAAGUUGACCGUGUAUGGAUUUGUCUUCCAUGAAGGAGCGUUCUGCCGAUCGGCGGCCAAUUUAUUGGAUCUUCUCGUCGUUUGUGUGUCUCUUAUCACCUUUUUCUCCGCGUCAAGUGCCGUGUCGACUAUUAAAAUUCUUCGAGUGUUUCGUGUCUUGCGUCCAUUGCGGGCAAUUAACCGUGCCAAAGGUUUAAAGCGCGUCAUCCAGUGUAUGAUUGUGGCCAUCAAGACGAUUGGGAAUAUUGUGAUAGUUAUCAACCUACUUCAAUUUAUGUAUGCUGUCAUCGGAGUGCAACUUUUCAAGGGGGGCUUGUUCAAGUGUACUGACGCCUCAAGGGAUCGGGAGGAAACGUGUCGGGGGGAGUUUAUUAGUUAUCACAACGGCGAUACUAAUCGUCCCAUCGUAGAGCAACGCGUCUGGGAAAAUAGCCCCUUCAAUUUCGACUCUGUCCCCAAGGCUAUGGUCACUUUGUUUGCAGUUUGCACAUUCGAGGGUUGGCCGGAUAUGCUCUACUCUUCGAUCGAUUCCAGUGUUGAAGACCGUGGUCCCAUUCACGACAAUAAGAAAAUAGUCGCCGCUUACUACAUUUCCUAUCUAAUUGUCAUUUCCUUCUUUAUGAUCAACAUUUUCGUGGGUUUUGUCAUCUUGACUUUCCAAAAUGAAGGGGAGCAAGAAUAUCGACAUUGUGAACUUGAGAAAAAUCAGCGAAAUUGCUUGGAGUUUGCCCUGAAAGCUAAACCAAUGCCAAAGUAUAUUCCGCAGAAUCGGUUUCAGUACCGCUUUUGGUCCGUGGUAACUUCUCAAACGUUUGAAUAUCUCAACUUUUCCCUCAUCAUGUUAAACACGAUCUCGCUUGCCAUGAAAUUUUACAACCAACCCGACUGGUACACUGACAUCUUGGCGAAAGGCAACAUUUUUUUCACGGCCGUAUUCACCAUUGAAUUUAUGCUAAAACUGGCCGCUUUUGGGGUCAAAGUUUACUUUGCUGACGCUUGGAACGUGUUUGACUUUCUUAUCGUCGUGGGAAGUUUUGUCGACAUCAUUUUCGAAGAUCUCAAUGUUAGCUUCCUCAAGCUUUUUCGGGUUGGUAGGCUCGUAAAGCUAUUAAAUAAAAGCGAAGGCAUAAGAACGAUAUUGUGGACGUUCGGAAAAUCCUUGCUCGCCCUGCCGUACGUCGUCCUCCUAAUUGUUUUACUCUUCUUCAUUUACGCCAUCAUUGGGAUGCAGAUAUUUGGAAAAAUUGCAUUAAAUCAAGACACUGAUAUACAUCGAAACAACAACUUUCAAAAUUUUGGGAAUGCAGUGAUGCUCCUUUUCAGAUGUGCAACUGGUGAAGCUUGGCAGGACAUUAUGAUGGCUUGUGUCAACAACCCGGAAGUCGAAUGUUUCCAUAAACCAGUCGAAACUCAAAAUCUCACGGCGAGUGCGUACGUUGACACCGAUGGGAUUGAAGGAAUGGACCUCAGCUCACUGGAAAUGCCAACAGUCACACCAGAACCGAGUUGUGGGUCGGACUUUGCGUAUCCUUAUUUCAUCUCGUUCUUUGUCCUCUGCUCAUUUUUGAUUUUAAACUUAUUCGUGGCCGUCAUCAUGGACAAUUUUGACUACUUGACUCGAGACUGGUCCAUCCUUGGUGCACAUCAUUUAGGUGAAUUUAUCCACUUGUGGAGUGAAUACGACCCAGACGCUCGUGGAUGCAUAAAACAUGUCGAUGUUCUCAAUUUAUUGCGGAGAAUUAACCCUCCGCUUGGCUUUGGAAAAUUGUGUCCUCGCAGAAUGGCUUGCAAGAGACUUGUAGCAAUGAAUAUGCCAAUGAACAGCGACGGGACAGUUCAGUUCAACGCUACAAUAUUUGCCUUGGUCCGUACCGGUUUACAAAUCAAAACGGAAGGAAAUAUUAUGGAGGCUGAUGAACAACUUCGUAGAGUCAUACGAGCAAUUUGGAAGGAUACGGAUCCAUUACUCUUAGAUCAAGUAGUUCCUCCUCCGGAUGUCUUUGAUGAAGUAACGGUUGGAAAGUUUUAUGCCUCAGAAUUAAUUCAAGAACAGUAUCGCAAAUAUCACCGGCGAAAGAAGAAGCACAUGGAGCAAACGCUAUCUGACCUCGAGGCUGAAAACGCUUUUAAAUUAACAGCUGGACUACGAGAGUUACAAACGCUGGGUCCAACUUUGAAACGAACCAUUUCCGGUGACUUGGAACAAGCCGCUGAAGGAAAUGAUAUCACGCCGCUUCACAGGCGGAAUCACAUGCUCUUUGGAACAAAUAAGAAGAAACCCUUAGCAUUUUCUAAAGCUAAUCAUCACAGCCCCCAUUCUCACGCACAUCAUAUCCACUCUAACCACGCUGCACAAACUGCCCUUCAUUCCUUAUACGAUACUCUAAGCACGUCUCAGUUCAAUUCUAUGUUUGGUGGUGGAACAAUUCAACGAAUCCCUGACUCGGAACGACUUCAAGCUCCCCCAAUUCCUGAAAGAUCCCAAUUUAAGGGAUCUGCUCAAUGUCUUGUUGGACUUACGCUCAACUCUUCCGCCGCACUACGAAGGUACAGCAGAGACCCUACAUUUGUGGAAAGUGCGUCUGAAGAACUUCGUCAAGCGUUGGGAAUGUCUCCUUCGGAGAUGGAAAGAGCAGCCUAUCGCGUCCUCAAUGAGAAAUAUCCCGUCCAUUUUGAAGCAAUUUUUACAUAACUUGCUGUACCAACAAAUAUGUAUAACUUAUUUAUAAAUGUACUAUUACAAUUUGAUAAAAAGCUAGUAACAAUUUGUUGUAAUUGACAGGAAAA